AUGCUACUGAGCAAGGACCCUGGCGCCCGCGCGGUGCCCCCAAAACAGCUGCUGGAACGGUUUGCCCGGGUCGAGGCGGGCGACUGGGCGCCCCUGCUAGCACCCCCAGGCAGAAGGCGAAGCGGAGGAGACCGUGGGCGGCCGCCAGCAGGGAGCGACGAGGAGCUCUCACAGCGCUGCGCGAGGGCGCAUGCCUUGGUACAGCAAGGAGAAGUCUCGGCGGCGCGCCAGGUCCUCACGGCUAACACGAUUGCGCCAGGGACCGAGGCUACGCUGGCGGAGUUGCGGGGCCCGGCGCGAAGGCUCGCCGAACCACGGGGGCCGCUGAGAGAGGACCUGGCAGCUGUAGCCCCGGAGCCCAGCUGGCUCGAGUCCGACAAGCUCCAGCGCAACCUCCGUGGCUGCCGCAGGGGCGCUGCCCCGGGCCCGCACUUCGGCAUUGGCGUCAACAUGGGCAAGACGAAGGUCUGUAACGCAGCAGGAGCGGGACCACCAGAUGUCAGGGAUUUAGGCACCGAGCAAGACCGGGUGUGGGUCGGAGACACCGCUGCGCCGCCGCACGAGCAGGGCGCGGGGUUCCUUGUCACGCCCGUCGGGCACGCGGCAUUUGUCUGCCACCACAUGCGCCCCCUGCUGGCAGACCACCGCGUGCUCCUGCAUCGGCUGUGCCAAGUGGGUGACCUCCAGACCGCCUGGCUUCUCCUGAGCAUGUGCGCCAACCCGCGAGCCAACUUCUACUGGCGCGCAAUGGCGCCAAAGAGGACGCGUUCGAGUUCGCGGCAGCCCACGACGAGCACGUGGAAAAAAGCGGUCACGGACCUCCUGGGGGCCCCCGAGGACGAACUGGCCACCAGAGAGAGGGGCAGGGAGGUCGCGCAACUUCCGCUGUGCCUCGGUGCCUUAGGCCUGCGCUGCGCUGUCCGCAUGGCGCCUGCGGCGUCGUGGGCCUCCUGGGCCGACUGCCUGCUGAUGCUGCAAGAGCGGGCGCCGGCUUUCGCGGCGGACACCUGCAGGGCCCUUUACGCAGGAGCGAGCGGGCUCCCGCCGGGCCUCCGCCAGGCGGCCGAGGCCCGGGUGUUCACGGUCCUGCCCACCAGCGAGCCCAUGCGAGUACCGCCCGCGGAGCUGCGCGUCCUCCUCCUGCGCUGCCUGCGCCUUGAUGUACAAUUCGCGGCAGGCGCGUGCAGCGGGGGCGAGAGUGGCGGGGAACCGUUCCUGCGGGACCUGAACGUUAACGGCGUCGGCGCGGGCGACGGCAGGCGGCUCGAGGUGAUCGCCAGCGGCGCGCCGCUGUGGGGAGGGGCGCAGCUGGCUGUGGACGCCGCGCUGGUCUGGCCUCUGGGCCGGGGCGGCGCGGCCCACCCGCGCGCGGCAGAUGAGGGCGGGGCGUGGCUUCGCGAGGCCCGCGGGCGUAAGCAGAUCGCCUGCCCGGAGCUCCUGGGCGCGAGGCGCUGCGGACUCUUGGUCCUAGGCCUGGAGGCGGUGGGCCGGCGGUCGCAGGAGGCCCUCCAGUUCGUUCGCCUGUUGGCAGACUGCAAGGCCCGGCCCGCGCCGGAGCUGCUGCGCGCCUCGGCAAAGGCAGCCUGGAUCCAGCUGUGGACAGGCCUCGCCUCGGAGGCGGCGCAGCGGGCCUUCGCAGCCUCCCUGCUGCACCUGCCCCUGGAUCACGCCCUGGCGGACGCGCGCUAG